CCUCUCUUCAUCUGCGCGCACACGCGCGCGCGCGCCCCCCCCUCAACGAUCAUCGACGCAGUUGUCUGGCCAUCUCCUCACGCCAACUCUUUCACACCACGCUUUGACGCAACACGCACACACACUCCCUCCCUCUCGGCUUUGCUGUACGCGACAUCUAAACGUUCUCUUCACACUCCUGUCUCACAUCAGGCCACCCACUUCCGCGGUAUUCUCGCGUCGUCUUUUUGCCCGCGCGCCUGGUGCUCGGACUCUGGUGCCGGUGCCACCGCCCUUUUACUGCUGCUGCCCGCCGCCGACAGCAGUUACCUCACUCACAAAGGCUGUGCAUGCAAGAUCCCACACCCCGCGUCCGUUCACUCCCCUGAGCCUGCCCAAAAGCAUCGCGCCGCCGCCAAGGCAUGCUGCUGCGACAUUCGCACCAACCCCGGUCCGCUGCCGAACCGAGCAACUCACCGUCACAGCUCUCAGCAGCUUCCCAGUCGGCUGCUUCGAAUCUCCAUCACGACCGUCCCAAUCCCAUCACAGUCAUGAUCCAAAUACCAUGGCAACCCCAACAGGCAGAGGCCGCCCACUUCCCCGCUCCAUCUUCCUCUUCACUCUCGUCGCCUUCCUCCCUUGCACAGUCUCAUCUCGAUCCGCCAUCUCCCCCAUCCCUCAACCCACCACCACCACCAUCACCGCCAUUGCAUCGCCUUCGUCCCAGGCAAGAACAGCCACCACCAGCGCCCUCUGAGCCUUCCGCUAGCCCGACUCCUGUCAGCCCGGGCUUUGCCCCGCCCUGGGCACCUGGCUCGGCGCUCUCAUCACCCUCGCCUUCCUUGACGCUCUCAGGCAGCGGCCCCGGUGGUCCGCCACUAUCCUCCCCUUCUCCAAGUAGCUCGAACAGUGGAAGCGCCGGGCCAUCGGGCGUAUCCUCUGGGGCUUGGAACGGCACAGGGCCCAGCUCUGCUAUGCCCACGUCUUCCGGCAAGGGUCGGCCAUGGUCCUUUACUCUUACCCCCUCGGCAUCCAAAACUACGACAACUUCUGGUACCUACGCCGCACAAGUGUCUUUUGUUCCCGGCGUCGUAUUCAACUUGACGCUGGCAGGCGGCAACGAUGACACUGCCGUCUACUCGCUCCCUAUGACCUUUGGUCACGACUUGGCAGACGGUGUCGAUGCUCGGAAGCGAGCGCCUACCACGCCCACAUCUGCCCAAACGGUCAACAUGCUCGUGGACUUGGGAUCAUCAGACAUGUGGAUCGCAUCGAUGAACUGCACGUCCAAAGACUGCAUGGAUGCACCUGCCCUUUUCAAUGACACGCACUCGCUUGACAGUGACACCCCACUCGGUAUCGACUACCAUUCCGGCAGCAUUAGAGGCAACAUCAUGUGGGAACAAGUGACUGUCGGCCAAUUCGGAAUAGGGUAUCAGGCCAUGGUCUCGGCCGAAGAUGUGCGAAACGAGAAUCUCGGCGACGGCAACUUUACAGGCCUUUUGGGUCUCGCCCUGCCCGCCAACUCACUCAUCACUGAAACCAUACCGGGCACUACCGGCUCGUCACCUGACGGCGCGACCUUCCUGGACAAUCUCUUUGGUGCUGGUGCCUCGGCGCCUACAAAUAGGUACUUCUCGCUCUCACUCGAGCGGAGCGAGGACGUUCGAACGGUGUCAAGCUUCGGGAUCGGCGAAGUCGACUCGCGCGUCUGUCCAUCCCCCUGCGCGCCCAAGUGGCUGCCUAUCCUUCCCCACCCCCGGUUUGGUCGGACAGGCUAUCUGCACUGGCGGGUGCCACUUGACGGUGUCUACGCCACCUUCUUCAACGACCCGAAGAAUGGUGUCGGGCCAACGACUAGGUCAAUCCCAUUGGGGUCGACUCGGACGGACGCCAACAGCACGUCGCCAGUUGCCGUGCUGGAUUCAGGUGGCGUAGGCAUCCUUGUCAACGAUCGCAAUAUGCUGGCGGCGAUCUACGGGCCGUUCGGCGUUGAGCCUGACGCAGAUGGGAAGUACCGUUUGCCGUGCAAUGUUCCUCUCACCUUGACCUUCACUUUCGGUGGCAUUGACUACCCUGUGCAUCCGUUGGAUAUGAGCUACAUCGACACGGAGGACGCCAGCUUCUCGCGAUGCCUUGGCGUUCUGCAGUAUGCCGACCUGAACAACCGUGGUGACUUUGUCCUCGGAUCCUCAUUCUUGAAGAAUGUUUACUCGAUCUAUCAGUAUCCCGAUCAGCGAUUGAGUCCAACGACUUGGCAGCCAACUGUCGGCAUGAUUCCGCUCACCGACCCCGCUCUCGCCGCCCGCGACUUCUGGCAAGUGCGUCGGGAGCGUCAGCCCCUCAGCGGCGUUUCGUCGGGCACUGCUGGAGGGCCCGGCAAUGCUCAGCAGAGCGCCGCGGCAAACGCUGGGCAGAAGCGAGUCGCGACCUCUACCAUUAUCGCAGUUUGCUCCGUGAUCGGCUUCCUAGCCAUUGCGGCUGGCGCGUACUUUGCUUGGUGGUUCUGGAACCGUCGGCGUCACGGCAAGAGUGGUGUUGUCGAGUACAAGAUGGCUCAGAUGGAGCCGGGCAGCAGUAGCCCAACACUUCGCACCCGCAAGCACGUCGAAACGAUGCGGCAGAAGAGUAUGGUCGAGGGCUACUCGGACUUUGACAUCGACAGCUACAACUCAACGACGGCGGGGACGUCGGUGAAUGGCAUGCAGCAGACCACCGAGGAGGACGACAUCCGGCAGCUGGGCGAAACAAUCUCGAGGCACACGCGCGGGUCCAGCAUCCACCAAGGCUUGCUCACGGCCGGCUCUAGCUCGCCUCCGAUCCUCGCCUCCGGGGACUUUAUGCCUGGCGUCCCACGCACUGUCUCUGAGCCACUCGAUCUCCGGAGAGAGCGCACUCGAAGCAGCGGUCUUCUUCUCUCUCCACCAGCGACAACUGGGCGCCUGGUCGAUGUCGGACCCCCUCCCUCCUCACCACCAACGGCUCGGUACAGUCUGACGCCAAGCGUGUCAACACCAGGCUCAAUGACGAUGAUGGGCGCUUACCCGUCGCACAACAGGGCGAUGAGCUCGGCGAGCGGCGUCACCAGCGGGACGCGUACGAGCGAGUACGACUACUUCCCCGUCUUCUCUGAAGCGACACUUGCCGCGGGCAGUGGCGCCGAACAACGUCGUGGGUCGCAUCACAGUGGGAGGCGUUCGUCGCGCGGCAGUGUCUCCAACCGGACGCCUUGAAGUUCUCCAGACGUCGUAAUGCCCCUGCACUAGGUUGGCCUCUACUUCAAUGUUUAUCACCACCCGUUGUCUCCUCUCCGAUCAUGUGACAUGCUCGUCACGGCUGUCUCCUGCAUCCCCACCACUCAAAACAUGGCGUACUUCAAGGGGACUGCCCCAUUGCCUUAUAGUAGUACUCUCUCACCCCUGUAAAUACCAACUGUACUUCUAGCGGACACUGCUUCUUUGUAACACUAUGUGAGCGCUCAUGGGCAACGGGA